UCCACUUGAAGAAGUGUGAUUCAAAAUGUUCUCGAAUCAUGUGCUUUUAGCUCUUGGUUUGAUCAUUUCAGCCGCUCAAUUUCUGAAUGCAGCUGUUACGAUGGAAAUCAAAAUGUUUGAUCCAAAUGGGCAAUGUAAGAAAUACUUGGAAAAUGGACAAAAAUAUCUCGAAAUCACUCAUGCUCGUGUUCUGGAACUUGGACCUAAAAAUGGGAAUAACUUGAGACAGAUUGUUGGAAAUCAUCUUUGUCAGGGAAAAUUUGAAACUGGCACGUACAAGUUUAAAUGUCAAAGUACCAAGUCAAGUCAACCUGUCGAUUCAACGGUGACGAUGAUCUCUGUUCGUGCCAUAAAACAAAUGUUGUCAGGCCAAGUUGAUUACCGUUACAAAGCGGAUACAAUGCAAAUGGGUCGAUUCAUCAGUUUGGAUAACUUGAAAGAUCAAAAGUUUGAUCCCAGCCAGCAUAUUGCUAUUGAGAAAAUCAUCGUCAAUGGCCUAAGUAAGAAUAUAAAUCAAGAUUUCCAAACUUGCUUCAAAUCGUGGCCUAAAGAAUUGAUUGCUGAUCAUGGUAUCUAUGUUUCUGAACCACUCGGAGGACAACUAACCCAGUGGGCACGAAUGUAUUUCGAACCGGAUCAAUUGGGCGAAGCAAUUUAAUUUGAUGGAUUUAUGUUUUGUGAAUAAAAUGACUGAAAAAUG